AUGGCGGCGUUGAAACAUGGAUCUAGAAAGUUUUACGAAGUUCCCACUGAUUAUUUAUCGAACAAAAAGGGCAACAAUCAUUUUAUUGAGAAGAACAAUGCUAAAGAAUUAUUUGAGUAUAUAGAUGAUCAUUGUAUAGGGAAAGAUACGACAUUUUUAGGUCCUUACGGGCCGAGAAAAGUUGUUUACUGUGACUAUACUGCAUCUGGAAGAUCUUUAUCUUUCAUUGAGGACUACAUCCAAGAACAGGUUUUACCUCAUUAUGGCAACACACAUACAACAACAACAGUGACAGCAUUACAAACAACACUUUAUAGACAUGAAGCAAGAGAUAUCAUCCGAAAUGCAGUUAAUGCUGGUGAGGGUGAUGCUAUCAUCUUUACAGGAAGCGGAUGUACUGGAGCAGUGCACAAGUUUAUUCAUGUUCUUAAUUUAACAGAGCCUCCGAUUGUUUUCUUGGGGCCUUUUGCACAUCAUUCUAGUAUUUUACCAUGGAAAGAAGCUGGUGCUACAGUCAUAUGGACAAAGCAAAYGAGUGAUGGGUUAGUGGACCUCUUGGACUUAGAACAAAAACUAAAGAUGAACAACAAUGCCAGUAGAACAUUGAUUGGCUGUUUCGCUGCAGCGUCAAAUGUUACAGGAAUUUUGACAGACACAAAUCAACUUACUGCAUUAUUGCAUCGGCAUGGAGCACUUGCAUGCUGGGACUAUGCUACAGCUGGUCCUUAUGUAGAGAUCAAUAUGAAUCCUGUUGUUACAAGUGAAGAUCAAUCACUUGUCCAUAAAGACGCCAUAUUUCUAUCACCUCACAAGUUUGUUGGUGGCAUAGGAACACCAGGAGUUCUUAUUGCUAAAAARAAGCUGUUUCAAAACCCUGUUCCUUCAGGAUGUGGUGGUGGGAGUGUAUUUUUUGUGACAGAGAAUACUCAUCGAUAUCUCAAAGAAACUGAAACUAGAGAAGAAGGUGGUACUCCUGCCAUUGUUGAGUCCAUCAGAGCUGGUCUUGUCUUUCAACUAAAAGAGGCUGUAGGAUACAAAAACAUAAUGGAGCAGGAGGAAAAGCUGUGCAGAAUGGCCUUCUCCACCUGGCGUAAUUCACCAAAUCUUGUUCUGUUGGGUAACAAGACAUCUCAGCGGCUACCAAUCUUCUCAUUUUUAAUUCGUCAUCCAUUUAGUGGAUUAUAUCUUCAUUAUAAUUACGUCAGUGCCUUGCUAAAUGAUUUAUUUGGCAUUCAGUCGCGUGGUGGAUGUGCUUGCGCUGGACCAUAUGCACAGGAUUUGCUAGGAAUGGAUGAAGCACUUGCAAAGGAAUUUGAAGCUUUACUUCUAGAAGAUAGCCGUCUUGAUCGUGUCCAUCUUCGACGUUACAAUGAGUACUCAGAGCACGAGGCAAUAAGACCUGGUUUUGUUCGUCUUAAUCUACCAUACUUCAUAUCAGAUGAGCAUAUACAGUUUAUACUGAAAGCUGUUGCUAUGGUAGCAGAUCAUGGUUGGAAGCUACUCCCUCAAUAUAUGUUUAAUCCUGAAACUGGGGAAUGGAAGCAUCGACGUCAUAAGGUUUUUCGUGAUCGUAAAUGGCUUGGUUCAAUCAGUUACUUGGAUGGUCACAUGACCUACCCAGCCCCUACCAAAACAGAAGGACUCCCUAAAGAUCCACAGGACUGCCUGCUCACUGCAAAACAGAUUUUUGAAAAUGCUGAGAAGUCAGCUACAACUCUUAGUGACCACACCCUGCUCCUUAGCAAAGAAGGUGAAAAGUUACGGUGGUUUUUACUUCCAAGUGAAGCUGCUACCAUACUACAGCACAAACCUCCUUCCCACCUCCCUAAAACUCCUCCUUUUACACCACGCUCAUGGGAGCCAGUAACCAAUGAUCACAAUGUAGAAAUGGAAAAAUGCAAGAAUGCAAGAAUGGAAAAAAGAAAUACAGCUCAACAAGUUACUUCUGAAACUUUAGAAAAGAAUAAUUAUUCAAACCAAUGUUCUGAUGAUAUGAAGUCUAACAUUGUCAGCUCACAUUUAAGUGAAAAUACAGGGAAUAACAGCAUGUUAUGUUUACAAAAUAAGCAGAAUACAGACACUGGAUUAUCAAAAGAAAAUAGCAAAGAAUUUAAUCAACAGUCAAGUGAUAUUGACAAUGCUUCAGCCAGGAUGAACUGUGGAGAUUUAGGGCAAUCUUGUCCUUUAAACAAACCGAUGACUUGUAAUAAGAAAACAAAACAAAGCAAACAUGAUUCAAAACUUGAAAAAACACUGAAAGAAAGUACAAAACCCAAGUUUGUUCAUCCUUCAAAGAGUAUCUUCAAACCAAUGGUAGAGGCUAUUGAAGAAUUCUCAAUGAUAAAGGAUGGCGAUCAUGUGAUGGUUUGCUUGUCAGGUGGUAAAGAUUCUCUUUCACUGCUGCACGCUCUCCAACAAUAUAAAUAUCAAGCAAAAUCUAAGGGCAUUGCAUUUGAGAUUGGUGCUGCGACAGUAGAUCCCCAAUCCACCGCAUAUGAUCCAAGACCUCUUAUUCCAUAUCUAGCAGCCCUUGGUGUCCCGUAUUUCUUCGAGGAACAAGGAAUCAUCCAACAGGCAGCCCAGCUUCCCGCCUGUGAGUCUAUUUGUAGCUUUUGUUCGCGAAUGAAGCGAGGUCGUCUGUACGCAUGCGCGAGGCGUGAAGGCUACAAUGUGCUUGCCAUGGGUCAACACUUGGAUGAUUUGACGGAAAGUUUUCUCAUGUCAGCAUUUCACAAUGGUCUGCUGCGAACGAUGAAGGCGAACUACACAGUGCAGGAAGGAGAUCUGAGAGUUAUAAGACCCUUGGUAUUUGUACGAGAAAAGGAACUCAGACAAUUCGCCGAYAAGGCGAAACUUCCCGUCAUUGCGGAGAACUGUCCAGCAUGCUUCGAAGCGCCCAAGGAAAGACAUCGCACAAAGCAGUUACUAGCGGCGCAAGAAUUGCUCUUUCCUGAGAUCUACAGCAGUCUUUUGACCGCGAUGCGACCACUGAUGGCCAAGAACCGAGUGGGAAUGGAAUCGACAAAAAUGAAAACAGCUGACUAUGACGAAUUUGUAUAAUGCAAAAUACUGUUGUGAUCUUGUGGCGUUUGUGCAUCCUGUGAGUACAAUGUGGAAUUUGAAAUCAGUUGGUCAACCUUUCAACAAAUAAGAAAGGAUAUGGAAUAUCAAUGCUUUAUUUAAAUUAAAAAAAUGCAUUUUAUAAUUUCUGAUGUAAUUUUAAAAUAAUUUCAAUUUUGUUUCGACUAAUAAAGGGCUAUUUCACGUA